CAUUUCUGGAUUGCGUUCAGAGCUCACCACAAGUUAACCAACGGCAUUUUUAGCUUUUACCAACUAGUAGUUUUUCACACACAGUUUGUGUGCAGUUCUUAGAGUGGAGGAGCCCACACACACCCACUGGAAAACACACGCCUCACUUUAAAGCUGGAGAUUUAAAUAUUUUGUUUCACAUCAGCAACUGAUAGCAUAUGGAUUAUUACAGUCCUCUGGUGUUUCAGAUGUUACAGUGACGGUAUAGCAGCCACACAAGCAAGAUUUCCAGGUGCAGGUGCUUCUCUGACGUUCUCCAUGAUGUGAUGGAGUGACUGAUAAAGCAUCAGCCUUCAAGUUGCCCACAGUGAUGCUCUUGACACCUUCGGUGAACCAGUCAGAGGCGAACUGAGACUCAUCUGUUAGCAUCACUUACCCUGAAGCCAUUCAUCAUGAUUGACCUGAGCUAUCUGACAGAGGAAGAGCAAGAGAUGAUCCUGGCAGUGCUGAAGAGAGAUGCAGAGCUUAAGAAGUUGGAAGAACAAAGGAUCAAGCAGCUUCGUAAGAAUGAGCGUGACAGAAGCAGGCUGAAGUACUUGACUGGGGAGUGGUUUUAUGAGACAAAGAAUCACAGACACAGAGACAGGAUCCAUGGCUCCGACAUCAUCAGAGAGUCCAUGAGACAGAAGAAACCCGUGACGUUAUUGGAGCUCACGCAAAGAUGGUCUGAGAAACCCAGUAUUUAUGGUGAGAAGAAAGAUGUGUACAUCCCUCCAGAGCUUUUAGGACUCAUUGAGGAGCCGUCCACAGAAUCACACAAUGAGAGGGUGGAUGAUGAGUUGCCAGAAGGCCAGCGGGAAAGGCAGAGACCUCAAAUCAAGCCAAGGCAGAAUCCAUUCAAUAAUUUGCGAUUGCAAAGAGAUGAAGCCAGACUUAUCAAUGGGGUAAAGGAGGCUGACAAAACACCUGCUGAGGAACCUUUCCUUCCAGCUGAAAACCAAACACUCCAUCACACUACUCUAAACACAGACAACACUGACACCCAAAUAGUCACACAAUGCAAACCUGUGCCAAAAAAAAGAUUGCUGCUGUAUUCCUGCAAGAACUCUUCCGUGGACACUGCCGGCAGUGACAAUGACGUUAAACAGGUCGUGACCCCUGCUCCCAGAAGCAUCCUGAAGCACAACAUCUCCAGCCUUAGAUCUACUGACUCCUUGCAUAUGCACAUUCCUACCAGUGACGACAGCAGCAGCAGCAGCACUCAGUCUUCAGCUACGGUCAGCCCAACCAGUCCUGAAACUCCCACCAUCCCUUCUCUUUCCCUCUGCUCGGUGCACUCUGCAUCAGGGUGCUUAGAUAGGAAACAUGUCCGUUUCUCAUCUGUCGUUGGGCUUAUAGAGAGAGUGCAAGGAGAACACAGUGUACUGGAAGAAGACUGGAGUCCACUGUCGGAACAGGAUAGAAGCGAUUUCACAGAAAACGGUCAUCAUGAGGUUUACGGUGAGCCUCAGUCCUCACAGGUGUCCAACUUCCACGGCUCUACUGAAUUAACAGGUAAGGCCACUGGGUUAAGUGCAGAGGGCCAGACUGAUAAGGUUACAGUGGAAGAGGGUCGUUCAUUUUCUAAGGUACUUGAAUGGUUUGGGAGAGGUUCUCGAGAUGGAAAGCUGAAAGAGUCGCCAGUUAACAAAGAGAUGAAUGAAGAGGAACCAAAAGAUCAUGAAAGCCCAGAAGCAAAGUCAGAAGAUUCAGUGCCUCAGCCAAAGACCAAGCCACCACCAAAAUCACGUAGAGGGCUUUUUGCAUUGUUUUCGAGAGCGGACAUAAGUCCUGAAGUUCAGACAUGUGAGAAAGAAGAGAUAAGUCAAGAUAAAACAGAAAAUUCAGAAUAUAAAACAUCUUACACUUUGAGGCGUGAAGAUGAAAAUAUACUUCGUACAAACAGUGAGACUGCAGAAAUACUGCGGGAAAACGAAACGAACAAACCAAUAUGUGAAGAUCCUCUUCAAAGAGAGACGUUUGACCAAGAUGAAAUAUCACCAGGAAGACUGGCCAGCCUGAAGUCAUUCUGGGAAAGGGGAAACAAAGGACCUAAAAUACUGAGCAUCAAAAAAGAAGCCGAGGUAGAAGAAAGUGAGGCAUCUCAAAUACUGAGCAUCAAAAAAGAAGCCAAUGUAGAAGAAAGUGAGACAUCUCAGCUUAAUGAGAAUGAUCAUAAUGCUGUAGACAGAAGGUUGUCAGAUUCAAGCAUCAGCCCAUCCAAACCCAAACCUGAUGAUCCAAAUCCAACUGAUGUAGAAUCUACAACAUGUGAUAUUUCUCUAGUCUCACCUAGAAGAACAUCUAGUGGUGUUGAAAUAUCAGCCAUAUCCUCACAUGAAGAUGAGAAACCUUCUUGUUUGGAGAGUAAUAAGGUCUCAGAAGUUUCAAGCAGUGAACUACAAACUCUCACGGUGGAAAUGAAUUCCAAAUUGUCACCCGGUUCACUGCUGAAACACGAAGAUAGUUCUCUGGGCAAUGAGCUACAGGAAGAGUCAAUCUCCAUGGACAUAUCUGACUUGAAGAAGGAAAUCUCCACAUUCAAAAUGUCUCUAGGCCAACAGGAGGAUAAAGUCUUGAUUAAUGAUCUCAAGUCAUUUUGGGAGAAAGAAAAAAGUGGUCUUAGAGUAAUUGUAGGUUCACCAGCGUGUACAGCUAACGUUAAAGAUCCAUCUCCAGAGUCAUCUCCAAAAUGUUCUUCAGUAGGACUUUCUGAACCUCAGUUUGACUUCAGGUCAAACAGCCCAAGUUCCCCAGAGAGAAUGACUUUCAAAGAGGCUGGUUUGACUCAAAAAGAGAAGAUAGAACAGACUGAGGAAAAACAAAGUCCAAAUACAGUGCCAUUGCAAGACCUUCAAGAUGUCAAAGGUAGGGUACCUUACAUCACCCAGAAUGUUUCUGAUUUCAAACAGUCAAUUACAGAGAUACACUCAAAGCUACGUCCACCACCAUCUCCCCUCAGAAGUCUCCCUGCAAAAGGUCAACAUGAUAAGCCACAGUCCGCUGACAUUUACCACCUAAAAGACCAAGAUCAAUCCAGAACACCCAGCCCAUUAAUGCAGUCUAAAGUACCUCGUAGAGAUUCAUAUCCAAACAAAGAAUCCAGGAAGGACGGUUCUCCAUUAAGAACCUUUGCGAUAGAUAUCAGUCCCGCCAACAAGAGUCCAUGCACCAUAAGGGUUAAACCAGGGCAAACCAAGCUAUGUACCUCUCCUGAACACCACAGGAAGACUUCGGAUGGAGGUAGUGAUGUAAGACCCAUCAUGCCCAAUGAACGAAAGCUGUCAGCAGACUCCCUGACCCGGUUUUAUAUUCCCCUGAGUUUACACAAUUACCUAGGUGUACCUGAACAGGCAGUCUUAGAUGAGAGAGAACAAAAGGUUAAUGUGAAGGCAGGUGAAACUUUUGAACAGGUGAACCAAGGCAGAAUGAGCAAUGAGAGCUCCCCUUCUCGACACUCCCUGCCUGAAUCAGAGGAGAUCACCUUUGACUCCUCCGGGAGCUCUACACCUGAAGCCUGGUCAAUCUCACACGCCAGUUCAUACUGGGACAGUGAGGAUGACAGCCCUGUCAAAGCUGCCUUGGAACGGGCCAAUGCCAGACCCAUCUCUAUUUCCAAGAGUCUAGAGGACCUGGCAUCCUCACCGUCACAAGAGAGAUGGAAGACUGACACAAGGAGUGACGUUGGGCUGAGUAUGGAAAAUGUGUCUGCAGUCACUUCCAACACCAAAAUGUCCUUCUCCGAUCCAGAACAGGUGAAGAUGAUGAGUUUGUCUGUGCCUGCAUUCAUGCAACAAGAGAUGGAUUGCAGAAACAGUGACUGUGCCUCAGUGAGCAGUUUCCGCACUGACACACCGAGAGCAUGCAACACACCUUCUACUUUUAGCAUUUGCUCUGAAGUGACCUCCAUGUCCUCUGUCACUGGCAGUGUAAUGAGCAUCUACAGUAGUGAGUUUGGUAAUGUGGAGGUCAAAGGCACAAUCCAGUUCGCCAUUCACUAUGUGCAAAAACUGGCAGAGUUUCACAUCUUCGUCGCGCAGUGCAAGGACCUCGCCGUGGCGGAUGUUAAGAGGAACCGAUCUGAUCCGUAUGUUAAAUGUUACUUGUUACCUGACAAAGCAAAAUAUGGAAAGAAAAAAACAUGUGUGAGGAAGAAGACUCUGGAUCCAACUUAUAACGAAAUCCUACGGUUUAAGAUUCCAAUGGAGACGUUGAAAACCCAGAAGCUGAACACCUCUGUAUGGCACAAUGAUACGUUUGGGCGUAACAUGUUUCUUGGAGAGGUUGAGCUUGAUUUGGCUGAAUGGGAUUUCAGUAACACUCAGAUGAAUGAAUAUCUACUCAAAGGAAGGAUUCAGGUUCCCACCAGCCCAAAACAUUCUGUCUGCAGCGAGGGAAUGAGUGCUGAGAUUAAAGUCGCUCUCCGUUUUGUCCCACAGACUUCUCACAGUCACAAGAGCAAGGGGAAUGGUGAGGUGCAAAUAUGGGUGAAAGAAUGCAAGAAUCUGCCUAUUACCAGAGGUGUUGCCAUUGACCCCUUUGUCAAAUGCGCAGUCCUUCCAGAUACCAGCCGGAAAAGCCGUCAGAAGACCAGAGUGUUGAAGAGGGCAUCUGACCCAGUGUUUAACCACACCAUGGUUUAUGAUGGCUUCAGGCAAGAGGAUCUCAAAGAGGCCUGUGUGGAGCUUACAGUGUGGGAUCAUGACAGACUCAACAACCACUUCAUUGGGGGAAUUAGGCUGGGUCCUGGAACAGGUAAAAGUUAUGGCACUGAGGUGAACUGGAUGGACUCUAAUGUUGCCGAAGCAGCCCUGUGGGACAGAAUGAUGCAGUCUCCGAAUGAAUGGGUGGAAGAUAUACUACCUUUGAGAAUGAUGGUCAUGGCAAGAAUGUCUAGAUAGUAAGAAACUGAGGGAUGGUGACACUUUUGAACAAAUACAUAAACAAUGAACAUGAAGAAUAAAGUACGUAGGAAGACAGUAUAUAAUGUUACAUAUAUAAGAACUAACUUGAUGGUUUCUUGACUCUUUUUUGUUGAGGAAAACAAAGUGAAUGAAACAUAUAAUAUGCCUGUUAUUGUAAAGUAUGUGGAUUUAAUGUCUUAAAAUAAAAAAAAGCUUCAAAAUAUGUCAGUUUGCUCCUGCAAACAAGAUCGUUUGUUAACUUAUUGUCUUGAAAGAGUAUCCUAAG